AUGACAGCUGUCAAAGGUCAUCUUCGUGAAUUGCACUUUGAAGGCGGUAUUAAUAAAAAUUGGAGCGAUUAUCCUCUUGAAGAUCUCUUUAGAACUCCCCUUACCAAAAUUGUUCCUACUCAUUUUAAGCCUUUAGCCGAUAACAUUACUCAAGAAAUUAAAUAUUCAGACACGCUCUUUAUAUGGACUGACUGCGAUCGUGAAGGAGAGGCUAUUGGUGCCGAUAUUGCUGAUCUUUGUCUGCGAACAAAACCCAAUUUAACAGUAUGGCGUGCACGAUUUUCAGCAAUGCAACCGAAUGAAAUUCAUUAUGCUGCACAACAUCCUACUCAACUUGACAUGAAACAAGUAGAAGCAGUUAGAGCACGAUCCGAACUUGAUCUUCGUAUUGGUGCAGCAUUUACUCGUUUACAAACCAUUAACUUACGUCCGUAUUUCUCAUCAUCUGCAAAGAAUAAAGUACUUAGUUAUGGAAGCUGUCAAUUUCCUACACUAGGCUUUGUUGUCGAUCGUUAUUUGCAAGUUCAAAAUUUUAUACCUGAGGAAUUCUGGAAAAUCGUGAUGACUUAUGCACAGCCAAAUCAGGGUGAGCAACAACAACAACAACAACAAAAGGGACAAGCGUCACUAAAGACAACAUUUAAUUGGAGACGAGAUCACCUUUUUGAUCGUUGGGCGUGUUUUACUUUAUAUGAAAAAUGCUUUGAAAAAAAAAUAGCAACGGUUACUAAAGUAAAAUCAAAACAGACAUCAAAAUGGAAACCAUUGCCGUUAACAACGGUUGAGAUGCAAAAAAUUGGGUGUCGCGUGUUGAAUAUGUCAGGUAGUCAUCUCAUGACGAUUGCAGAAGGGCUUUAUACGUCAGGUUUAAUUAGUUAUCCUCGUACAGAAACAGAUCAAUAUGAUUCAAGUUUUGAUUUUAUGAAAUAUAUUAAUAUGCAGACUCAAGACUCACAAUGGGGUCAAUAUGCAAGAUUACUUCGUGACGGUGAGUUUGAGAAACCUCGUAAUGGUAAAAAUAACGAUAAAGCGCAUCCUCCUAUUCAUCCUACAGGUUAUGAUGCCCGCUUAAGUGGUGAUCCUAAGCGUGUUUAUGAAUUUAUCACACGACGCUUUUUAGCAAGUUGUUGGAAAAAUGCAAUUGGCUUUGAAACAGCCGUUGAGGUGAAGAUAGAUACUGAAUAUUUUGAUACUAAAGGGCUUGUGAUCCUUGAAAAAAACUUUCUUGAAGUCUAUACUUAUGAUAAAUGGAAAGGUAACGAAAUACCUGAGUUUCAUGAAGGUGACGAAUUUAUCCCUGAUCAGCUUGAGAUGCAACGAGGCCAGACCACACCACCUCGUCUCCUUACUGAACCAGAUUUAAUCAGUAUGAUGGAAAAAAAUGAAAUAGGAACAGAUGCAACCAUUGCUGAACACAUUCAAAAGAUUUUGGAUCGAGAAUAUGUCUAUAAAGAAAAUCAAUAUUUUAAACCGUUGACAUUAGGAAUUGCUUUAAUUUUGGGAUAUGAUCAAAUUGGUUUAGAGGCGAGUCUUAGUAAACCAUUUCUUAGACGACAGGUAAAUAAAUAA